AUGUUUGCUCCAGGCGGAUUGCCAAUGGCUCCGUUUCGGCCUCCAAGCACAAGCUACAUGCCCCGGCCAGAACUUCCUCCUCAUCUUCAAUCUCUAUUUAAUCCUCGCCCUCCUCUUCCAUUUAUGAAAGUCCCUGUAAAGCCCAAAUGUCGCCCACUAACAGGAAUUGCCGAAUACGUCGAUUUGUUUGAAGAAGGAGACGCUCCUGAACGCUCUGUCCAAGUUUCAUCUCAGCAUCUCAAACAGCUCGAAAAAGAAGCCAGCAUCCAAAAGCAUAAAGAAAAUCAGCAAGAAGAAUUAAAAAAAUACAACCCAAACGAGUACCCUGUCGAUUCCAAUGCUUAUAAAACCCUUUUUGUGUGCAGGCUCAGCUAUGAGACGAAUGAACGCAAGCUUAAACGCGAAUUUGAAGUUUACGGUCCCAUAAGAUCAGUGAGUUUAGUUAAAGAUCGAGAAGGGAAAUCAAGGGGAUAUGCAUUUAUUGAGUACGAAAAUGAAAGCGACUUUAAAACUGCUUAUAAAAAUGCUGAUGGCAGAAAAAUUGACGGCAGAUGUGCACUUGUAGAUUGCGAAAGGGGAAGAACUACUAAGGACUGGAAACCAAGAAGACUAGGUGGAGGGAAAGGAAAUACAAGAGCUACAAGGCCAAAAGGCGAAAAGCCAAGACCUGAUAAUAUUUUUGACGAAAGCAGAGGAUAUAAACCGCAUGGCCAAGAACCCGCAAAACCUUCAUCAAGAUCAAGAUCACCUCGAGAUUCAAGAAAAUAUGAAAAUAGAAAUCGCCCACCCCAGCCUAGAUAUAGAAACAACCCUGAAAAGCCAAGAAGAGAUGAUUAUCGAAGCAGAGAAUAUCGAAGCCAAGACUAUUCAAGAGAUAAUAAAUCUUAG